AAGUACAUAUAGUAUAUGGACUAUUUGGGAAUAUUUCAUGAAAUAAUACGGUUAACCUUUUUUAUACUAAUAUCACUUUUCUUAUCUCGGGCAACGCCACUAUUGCAACAGAAUUUGGCCACACACAGGAACAAAAUGAAAACUGCCCUGUGUCUUUUGGUUUUAUCAAUAUCUGCGGUGUUCUGUGAAAUUGAAAAGCGAGACCUUUUGGAAAUUCUUGGCAUCAUUCAUAAAGAUGCAGGUUUUCAGACUUUUCCCGUGGAUAUUCAACUCACUAUAGUAGAAUUGGUGGCAGCAGCAGAAAAUGGUGUCCUCGUCCGAUAUGUCGAUGAGAAAGGUUUCGCAAACGUCCUGAAAGCUUUAAGUGUUGGAACAUCCAUGCAACAAAAAAGCCUUGAAUCCUAUUUACUUAUGCAUAUGAAUAUGGAAUACAGUAAGACAACAACAACAUCAACGACAACCACGACCACAACAACGACGACGACAACAACAACACCGAAACCACAAGUUGUAGGAGUUGGUAGUGGACCCCUUGGCCGGCGUAACACUGAUAAUUACCUGCAACACUCUAUAUUGAGCAGCACAGCUUUCCAACAGCUAUCAGAAGACAAAAAAGAAAUCAUCAAGCGAGUGUUAGAGUCUGUAAGCAACCACCACCUAUCGCAGACCAUCUUUCUCCAAGGCAUCGACUUUAUUCAAAAGCUAAGGCUGCCAGUUGAUCUUGCUCAUAAACUCACAUUGCUCAUAAUGCACGAAAUGAUGUUGGAGGGACAUGGAGGAAGAUUCUCAGGGACACACGACGAUGAAUAAAACCUGAGCUUUUGGUAUCAUUAAAGUGCACGAAACAUUCAUACAUUGGUUCGUUUAAUACUUAAUAUUUGAAUAAAUGGAGGGACUUAU